AUUCAACAAAUUUGGAUAUGUCUAUGUCUCGCACCGCACGCUCAUACGUCCAGAAAAGAACAUACAGGAGAAACCUUCGAGCGUAGUGAUGAGAUUUCGCCAUUUCGGGGUAAAAUGGUAGUAUGGGCGUAAGCUGGUCAGUGGUCAAACCAUUUAAAAGCACGGCGUGAUGGGUGCUGCUGCCCCCUGCUGGUUUUUGGUAGUAGAGAAUAGAGAUGUUAGUUGGCGAGCGAGCUACACAACAGAGAACAGCCGCUCUCUCUCUCUCUCUCUCUCCUCUUUUCUCUCUCCCUGCCUGCCCCUUCAGUCUGCUCUCGGCUCACCCCUCAAGGGCUUGAAACUUGAACAUAAAGCUUAGCCUAAGAUAGAGAAAGAGAGACAGAAAGAGAAGGGAAACUUUGAACGGAUCCAACCUCCUUCCUCCCUCCCUCUCUGCUCAGUUGCCGCCCUCAUCAUCAUUACCACCACCACCACCACCACCACCGUCUCUGUAACAUUUCCAACCGCCACCACCGCUCUCUCUUUCCCAAGCAAGUAGACAAGUGAAGGAAAGAAGAGAAAGAAAAAAAAAAGCUUCCUCUCCCUUUUCUACUUCUUCUUCUUCUUCUUCUUCUUCUUCUCUCUCGCUGUCGUUACCGAAAAGGAAAAGAAAAGCAAAACCCAUUCUUGUCCCAUGAUGACACACAAAGUACACCUCUUUCCAUACUGAAUUUUUUUUUGUUGUUGUUGCAGAGGCUCUGAUCUCUCUAUCUCAAGUUCUGCGCUUUGCCUUCCUUCCAGCCGUACUAAUUGACCUCGCCGCAGGCUACCCUACGCUUCCUUUCUUUGCUGCAACGCUUCCCGUCUGCUGUGUGUAUCAGAAGGAAGGUGCGGUGCAGCAGCUGGUGCUGGGUUGGUGUGGUUUUUUAGGUCAGAUCUCUGAUCAAUUAGGAACAAGACAAAGCACUACUGGGGGUGGUGGGGUUUUCUCUCUUUUCUCUUUUGCCCUCCCUUUCCUUUCAUCUUUUCCUCUCUCCCUUCCUCUGGAUCUGACCGCAUAAAGAGGAAACAAACAAAACCAAAACUGUAGCUAGCGAUCCAUUGAUGGGCUCCAAGCUAAGCUUAGCUAGCUAGGGUUUCUUUCGUUAGGGCAUUGUAUAGCAUCAUCAUAUACUGGCAAAGCAAGAUCGAUCGAUCAGGAGCAGGGAAGUAAAUUUUGCUCUGUUUCUGUUUGGUCAUUUUAGUUGGCGGUAAAUUCCUUGUUUGGGAGAUAAGGUUUUUAUCGGAUUGGUCCAUUUGCACAUCUAUCUAUCCAUCCCAUCUCUAUCCUUGUUUGUAUCCAUCUCCAAUUCCAAAUGUGAGAUCAAUUCAAACUCCAUCACUCCCACUCCUCCUUCCAGCUAAUCAACAAACCCCUCCAAUGGUCAAACAAUAGCCGAAAACCCCUUUCCUGUCUCUCGCUACCCAAUCCUCAAGAAACCCACCAAGAUUAUAUAAAUAUAUAGAGAUUUCAGUCACAUCUCCAUCCAGUACUCGAAGGAAAGAUUACUGAUUAGUUGAAGCUUACAUGGCUGAUCAUCACAACCGUUGGUGGGCUGGGAAUGCGACAGCGCCACAAGAAUCCGCCAUGGGACUCAUGGACCGCCUCGGAUCCGCCGCUCCAACCCGCAGACCCGACCCGCAGCAGCAACAACUCCACGGUCUGGUAGAAGAACCCGAUGUCAGCAGCAGCAGGGAAAACCCAGAUUCCGGAGGCGGCAACGGUGGAGGUGGAGAAGGAAGCGGCGGCGGCGGAGGGACGACGUCGAUUCGGAGGCCGAGGGGGAGGCCGGCGGGAUCGAAGAACAAGCCGAAGCCUCCGAUAGUCAUCACCAAGGAAAGCCCUAACUCCCUCCGCAGCCACAUCCUUGAAAUCGGCGCCGGCAGCGACAUCGCCGAGAGCGUCGCCGGUUUCGCGCAGCGGCGGCACCGUGGGGUGUCGAUUCUGAGCGGGAACGGCGUCGUUUCCAACGUGACCUUACAUCAGCCCGCGGCGCCAGGCGGGGUAAUCGCCCUCCACGGGAAUUUCGAGCUCCUGUCCCUGUCGGGUUCGUUUCUGCCCGCCCCGUCACCGCCCGGGGCAGCGGGGCUGACCGUUUACCUCGCUGGCGGGCAAGGGCAGGUCGUUGGAGGAAGGGUGGUGGGCCCGCUGGUGGCGGCCGGCCCAGUUAUGGUCGUUGCGGCGACGUUUGCCAACGCGGUUUACGAGCGGCUGCCGCUUGAGGAUCAGGAGGUGGCGGUGGGCCAUGGGCCCGGCCCAGCAGGCUCGGACGGCCUGCAAUUGCAUCAUCAGCAAGGGGAUCAGAAUGUAAACAGUAAUAAUAACGGGAGUGGAGGGGAAGGGAAUGAGAAUUCAGGGGGCGGGUCGCAGUCGCCGGAAGGGAUGAGUAGCGCUACUGAUCAUCAUCACCACCAUCCACAGCAGCAUGGGUCAGUCGGUUUCCCGCCGCCUCCAAUUUACAAUUUGCCCCCCAAUUUGUUGCCGAAUGGCCAAAUGCCGCAUGAAGUCUUCUGGGGUGCUCCGCGGCAGCCGCCUGCCAACUUCUGAUAAGUGAUAAGCAUCAGCUAAGCUUGACCCAUCACCCCUUUUUCUUUAAAUGCUAACUUGGUUGUUUUGGAGUACAUUCUGUGGGCAGGUUUUGGUUUUCUGUAAACUUUUAGCUUUUGAUGGAUAAGUAGGACUUCCCGAUCAUGUUUUUGGAUGUUGAUUCUGAAUUUUCCCUAAUGUUCAAAGUUAGUCGGCUAAUAAUGACACACAGCUCCCUUAAUCAGUCCAAUCAAUUAUCUUCUGUUGAGCUGUUUCGUGUCGGAUUUUGGAUAUCGAUGGAUCGAGGCUCCAUGAUGCAGCAGCGAGGAAUGCGCUAUUCGAAUUUGGGUUUUAGGGUUUGGUUAAAGGAAUGUCUUUGAAGUACAGUAUGCGUGUGUUUUGACAUUGAUUGAAAGGGAAAGAAUAAUGCAAACAGCGACUA